GACGUAAUAAGGGAAGAAUUCAUGGAGUGGAGAGGAAAUUGAUUUUCUUUUUCAUUAAGGGCAAAUUGCCACCGGAUCAAAGUUGCUCCCAUCUUUUUCCACCCGCAGCCGCAAGUGACAGAGGAAGUAAGAUGGAGAGGUUCUCCAUCUGUGAAUGAAUUCUGAGUUUCAGCGUCUUACCGCCACUGGGAGGUUCACGCCGGCCGGCUGUUUCCCCAAACUUUCUGCUAAGCCAGUUGACCGGUGUUCCUUCUAGUUAACACGGAGAUUAUUGUGGUUUGAAGCAAUUGUUUCUUCUGAACUUGCUAUAGCUGCUUAAUUGUCCGGAGAAAGAGAAGAAAAAAGCGCAAGGAUGGUGUUAUCAAACAAGAAGCUAAAGCAAAAGCUACGAGCUGCGAAAGCUGAAUGUCUAGUUGCCACCGAAGCUGAGAAUAACAUGACCAGGAACUCGGAAGAUUUGAAAUCUAACACACCUAAUUCUCUGAGGACUAUUCUAAAUCAAGAGGCCCACACGCCCAUAUUAUCUAAAAGAGAAAAACGAAGACAAAGGGUGCAGAUACAGAAACCAGAUGUUAUUGAAAAUGGAAGGAUGGGGAAUGGUGCAGAUGCAAAUGAACAGCACGGGUCAAAGUUAGAUGGUGAGGAGGUAAAGAAGAAAAAGCGGAAGAGACAGGAAACUGAGGCAUCAGAGGAUGUGAAAGAGAAAAAUCCUAAGCAGGUAAAGAAAAAGAAGAAGAAUAAAAAGAAGAAGAAGCCUAAGAAUAAGGCUGGAAAUGAGAAAGUCAAUGAGGAAGGGGUUGACCAUAGUGGGAGUGAAGCUAAUGCAGAGCAGCUUGCAUCCGAGCCGAACAAGGACUCUAAAAGAGCUGCAGACGUGUCUGACAAAGUAUAUGUCGGAGGCAUUCCAUACUACUCCACUGAAGAUGAUAUCAGGAGUUACUUUGAAGGUUGUGGUACCAUUACAUGUGUUGAUUGUAUGACUUUCCCAGACACUGGAAAGUUUAGAGGAAUUGCAAUAAUCACUUUCAAGGUAGGUUGCGUAACUGGCUUGAAUUGGAUUAGGGCUGCAACGAGCAGAGCAGAGUCGAGCAUUGGCCUUAUCAAGCUAGGCUCGAUGACUCGGCUCGACGCAGCAACAACAGAGGCAGCAGCUAAAAGAGCAUUAGCACUUGAUGGUUCAGAUAUGGGUGGCCUAUUCCUUAAAAUCCAGCCAUACAAGUCGUCCAAAGUAAAAAACAACCAAUCUCCCGCCUUUUCCCCUUCAGUCAUGGAGGGCUACAAUAGGAUCUAUGUUGGUAAUUUGUCGUGGGAUGUGACAGAGGAGGAUUUGAGGAAUCUUUUUUCGGACUGCACAAUUGAAUCUAUUCGAUUUGGUGAGGAUAAAGAGACUGGAGAGUUCAAAGGGUACGCACAUGUGGACUUUGGUGAUAGCCUCUCUCUCCGCACGGCUUUGAAAUUGGAUCAGAAGAUUGUUUGCGGGCGACCUGUUAGAAUAAGUUGUGCUGUGCCCAAGAAGGGAGUUUCGAACAAUUUAAAAUCACGGAUGAAAAACAAUGAAGUUCAUACUGGUAACUUUAGCGUGGUUAAUGACGUUCAAAUUACUGCUGUUAAUGAGGCUACAAAUGCUGUUAGUGCAAAAGUUACUGCAAACAGUGAUGCUACAAAUGCUGUUAGUGCAAAAGUUACUGCAAAUAGUGAUGCUACAAAUGCUGUUAGUGCAAAAAUUACUGCAAACAGCGAGGCAACAAAUGCUGUUAGUGCAAAAGUUACUGCAGGCAGCGAGGCAACAAAUGCUGUUAGUUCAAAAAUACGGAGGCGGACGUGUUAUGAGUGCGGGGAGCGAGGACAUAUAUCGUCAUUGUGCCCUAAGAGAAAAGACGAUGACUCAAAAAUUACGGAGACGGGAGAGUUCAAAGGGUAUGCAAAUGUGGACUUUGGUGAUAGCCUCUCUCUCAGCACGGCUUUGAAAUUGGAUCAGAAAAUCGUGUGCGGUGGGCGACCUGGAGUCUCGACCAAUUUAAAAUCGGGGCUGGAAGGCAAUGAAGUUCAUACUGGUAACUUUAGUGUGGUUAAUGAAGUUCAAACUACUGCUGGUAAUGAGGCUACAAAUGCUGUUAGUGCAAAAGUUACUGCAAACAGUGAGGUAAUAACUGCAGUUAGUGCAAAAAUUACUGCUGCUAGUGAGGCAACAAAUGCUGUUAGUUCAAAAAUACGGAGGCGGACUUGUUACGAGUGCGGGGAGCGAGGGCAUAUAUCGUCAUUGUGCCCCAAGAGAAAAGACGAUGACUAAAAAAUUACGGCAGACGGAGUGUUGUGAUUUCCGUAGCUUUGGCAAAUGUUGGAUUACAGGUUGGAUCAACAAUUUCUUGAUGGAACUGAAGGUCAAUUUAUCAAUUUAUAGCUCUGGUCACUUGCCUCGACGUUGUUAAGUAGAGCCUCUGGCCACAUACAUCGAGAGUGAAGAAGCCAAUCUCGAGUCAUUUAAGGAAGGUCGAGAUACACGAAGUGCGAACGGACAACUUUGAUAACCUUAUGAUCUUCUGAUGUAUUUCUCCUACCACUCGAAAUCGCCUUGGUGGGCGAUGGCUUUUCGGAGUUACUCUUAUACAAUCUCACAUGAUUGGCUUAUGGGAAAUGAGGUUUAUAAACUUUACAUAAAUCCCUUGAUAAUGAUGCUCUUAGUAGAAGUCAAAAGUCUUUUGCAAAGACCACCCAUAAUGGGAGGUUUUCUAAUUGAUUUAAAAACAUAAAACUUCAAGUUUACAUUGCAAUAAUGGGGAUUUGGGUUUGGUUUUUUCUCUAGCAUUGUGUUUCCAAACCUCACUUAAGUGGGUUUACCACACAUGCAUGUGGGUUUGUUUUUAUUAUUUCCUCC